UUUGCCAAAUCAGCUAGGCUCGGUCCGUCUGGUAAAAUUGUUCUCAAACCAAUUUCUUACAGAUUUUUGAAUGAAUUUGAAUUGAAUUAUUAAUAUAUUGCUAGACUAUCUAGCUUAAAGUAGGCACAUGUAUCUUUGAUCGGUGAUAUGGCGACUUACGAGGAGUUCAUCCAGCAGAAUGAAGACAGGGAUGGUAUACGCUUCACAUGGAACGUGUGGCCUUCAAGUAGAAUUGAAGCUACACGACUUGUAGUACCCUUAGUGUCCCUGUACCAACCUUUGAAGGAACGACCGGAUUUACCACCGAUUCAGUAUGAGCCUGUGCUAUGUACACGCAAUACUUGUCGUGCAGUUUUAAAUCCAAUGUGCCAAGUGGAUUACAGAGCUAAGUUAUGGGUCUGUAACUUCUGUUUCCAGAGGAAUCCUUUUCCACCGCAAUAUGCAGCAAUAUCAGAACAGCAUCAACCUGCCGAGCUAAUAGCAAACUUCUCCACCAUAGAGUACACAAUAACAAGGGCUCAAAGUAUGCCCCCCAUUUUCCUAUUAGUGGUUGAUACAUGUUUAGAUGAAGAGGAACUCUGUGCUCUCAAAGAUUCUCUCCAGACUUCACUUAGUUUGAUGCCACAAAAUGCUCUUGUCGGUCUCAUUACAUUUGGCCGUAUGGUACAAAUACAUGAAUUAGGUACCGAGGGCAUGUACAAGUGUUUUGUAUUCAAGGGCACAAAAGAUUUAACAGGUAAACAAAUACAAGAGCAAUUAGCCAUUGGACGUGUGAACGCACCAAAUCCACAACAAAGACAAGGGGCCCCUACACCUCAGCCACCUGCACACCGUUUCUUACAACCAGUAAAACAAUGUGACAUGGCAUUGACAGACUUGCUGAGUGAACUGGAUCGCGACCCCUGGCCUUUAGGUGUUGGUAAACGGCCUUUAAGAAGCAGUGGAGUUGCAUUAUCCUUAGCUGUAGGCUUAUUAGAGGUAACUUAUCCUAAUACUGGAGCAAGAGUCAUGCUGUUCCUCGGAGGACCUUGCUCUCAAGGUCCAGGUCAAGUAGUCAAUGAUGAACUGAAGCAGCCGAUCAGAUCACAUCACGAUAUUCAUAAGGAUAAUGCAAAGUACAUGAAGAAGGCCAUAAAACAUUAUGAAGCUUUAUCACUCAGGGCUGCAACAAAUGGCCAUGCCAUUGAUAUCUACUCUUGUGCUUUGGAUCAAACUGGAUUAAUGGAAAUGAAGCAGUGUUGCAAUUCAACAGGAGGUCACAUGGUGAUGGGUGAUUCAUUCAAUUCUUCACUUUUCAAGCAAACGUUCCAAAGGGUCUUUGCGAAAGAUCAGAAAGGAGAUUAUAAAAUGGCAUUUAAUGGUACUCUAGAAGUUAAAUGCAGCCGUGAACUUAAAAUAACGGGUGCAAUUGGUUCAUGUGUAUCCCUCAAUGUGAAAGGCCCAUGUGUAUCAGACCAAGAGGUUGGUAUGGGCAACACAUGUCAAUGGAAGAUGUGCACUUUUACCCCCAGCACCACGAUGGCUAUAUUCUUUGAGGUUGUGAAUCAACACACGGCGCCAGUGCCGCAAGGUGGGCGCGGAUGCGUGCAACUCAUAACGCAGUACCAACACUCAAGCGGGCAACGCCGUGUACGCGUCACAACCGCGGCUCGAAACUGGGGCGACGCAGCAGUGAACCUGCAACACAUCUCGGCAGGGUUCGACCAGGAGGCCGCUGCUGUGGUGAUGGCUCGCCUCGUGGUGUACCGCGCCGAGCAGGAGGACGGCCCAGAUGUCCUGCGCUGGUUGGACCGGAUGCUCAUCAGAUUGUGUCAGAAAUUUGGAGAAUACGCAAAGGACGAUCCGAACAGCUUCCGCCUGUCCGAGAACUUCAGCCUGUACCCGCAGUUCAUGUACCAUCUACGUCGCUCACAGUUCCUGCAAGUGUUCAACAAUUCGCCCGACGAAACCACAUUCUACAGGCACAUGCUGAUGCGUGAGGACCUAACGCAAUCGCUCAUCAUGAUCCAGCCAAUCCUGUAUUCGUACAGUUUUGGUGGACCGCCGGAACCGGUCCUGCUGGACACGUCAUCGAUACAACCUGACCGUAUACUCCUCAUGGACACAUUUUUCCAGAUCCUUAUAUAUCAUGGCGAGACGAUAGCCCAGUGGCGAGCCCUCCGCUAUCAGGAUAUGGCGGAGUAUGAAAGCUUUGCGCAAUUGCUUCGCGCACCCAUAGAUGAUGCGCAAGAAAUUCUGCAGAGUCGCUUCCCCGUACCGCGUUAUAUCGACACUGAGCAUGGUGGAUCACAGGCCCGAUUCCUGUUGUCCAAAGUGAAUCCAUCGCAGACGCAUAACAACAUGUAUGCUUACGGCGGGGCGAUGCCGAUACCAUCUGCGGACGGUGGCGCCCCCGUGCUAACUGACGAUGUCUCGUUGCAAGUCUUCAUGGAGCAUUUGAAAAAGUUGGCUGUGUCGUCGACCGCGUAAAAUAAAUCGAUAUUUUUUUUUUGCUUUCAUAAUAUUAUGUUUGAAUGUGUAUAAUAUUAUUUUCCAUUGUUUCAAACACUUUUCAUAUAAGAUAUAUUUUUUUUAUUACAAAGCGCGUAUAAAAUGCGCAUUUAAUUUUCCUGUAAAAAUCGAACAGAGAAUAGCUUGUGUUGUAAAUGAAUGAAGGUUGGGAGUGGCGUGAAAGGGACUUGACGUCAUUUAAUGUUCUAAGCUAAUAUUUUCUUUAGAUAGCCAUGGUUCUUGGCGACUAUAAAAUAAAAUGCAAUUUGUUAUAAUGUUUACAUUAUUUUAAUCGAUAUUAAAUUUUGAAAUCGGUAUUAAAUGUUCUGGAUUGAGAAGUUUUCAGUAAUAUUUUCUACCUUGUAAUGUAAGUACUCUGUAGAAAUAAAUCUUUAUUUAAAGGAACA